GCGUCGACGUUGAAUGCGACGCAGUUUCCACGUAGGGGGUAAACAAAAGCAAAUAAAACCACAAGGAAGUCAACAAAACACGGCAGAUAUUUUGGGGCGCUGGAGAAUCGCGAUCAAAUGCUAGUCCGUCACUUCCGGUCUGUCUUAUCCAAAUUAAUGAUGGCCAGAAACCUACUUAAAAACUCAUGUGGCGAAGAAAUGUUAGAGUUCUGGGAACUGACGGAGAACGGUGGCAGCCAGUGGAAGGUGGAGCCGGUGCCCGGGGACUGCGGCCAUGCUUUCUGCAAUGAGGCUGUUGCAACAUGUUUUGCCACCUCUUUUGAGCUAUGCCUAAAGAGACAGGUGGUAAACUUGGUGAAAGAAGGCUUUUCAACACAUGAACUAGAUUCUCAGCCAGCUGUCACUGUGGAGGAUUGGUACUCAAGUCGCACAGACUGUGGAUGCAUCUACCAGCUGAGUGUAUCUCUGCUAGAUGAGAAUCAUGAAGUAUUACAAGAGUUUAACCCUGAGGAAGUCACCCUUGAUCCAGACUGCUCAUGGAAACAGGUAAGCCAUAGUUUCACAGACUAUGGACCAGGCCUGCGCUUCAUUUCCUUUGAACAUGGGGGCCAGGACACCAGAUUCUGGGACGGCUGGUAUGGAGUGAGAGUAACAGGAAGUGUUGUCAGAGUGGAGAUGGUCUAAGAGGAAGACUACCAUAUUACUGUGCACUUUAGUGAUGCAGGAUAUUGAAAUACUGUUUCCAGGCACAGCUGUACUUUAUAUGUACUUUAUGCAUACAUCAUUAAUAAGUAGAAGAAGGAGGCUUUAGAAUAUAUGGACCAGCUAACAGAAUUAACCGUAUACUCUGAAGUAUCAGCUAAGCAAAUUGUUAUGUAUAAUUAUAGAAAAUGUACAUUCUAUUUCUGACUAAUCUGAUUAUCUUCAAUGUCGGGCUUCAAGGACUGGCUGACUUUGCUUUCUUAAUAGUACAUUGCUUUGAAUAAAAGCAUCUACCAAAUAAGUAAAUCUGUAUUGUAUUAUAUAAAUUAUAAUCUAAAACACAGUGGUUAGCACAGUUAUCAGAAAGAACCUUAGAACAACAUAAGCAGUUUGUAGCAGUGUACUGCAGAUAUGUCCACUAUACAUUUGCAUGAACCAUAAAUAAACUUCAAAAUGUUACAUCCUGAUACAUAUUCUUUUUUGUGAACUUCGGCUAAGGUAUUUCUUGGAGACCAAGAUAUUAUUUAUAUUGUUGAAGGAAACUGUUCUUGGUAUGUUUUAUUUCUUCUUUCUUUGAUUUUUGUAUAAUUUUGAGGGUGUUAUUAAAUUGGAGAGUGUCUGUCUAUUUUGUGUAUUGUUUGUUUUGGCUUUGUUCAGUCUGGGGUAAUGCCAUUUUGUUUUUUAUGUAUGCAUGUAUACUCAAGACAAUCUGAUUUAAUCAAUAAAACAUUGGCUAAUUAUUUCCCA